CUGCGCUUGCGCACCGAGGGGCAUCAUUAGACGCCAUAUUUGCGAAGCGUGAGAGAAGCUGGAUUCAACGUUUGCUGCAAGUUGAACAAGAUGAGCCGAGUAUAUAUUGGCCGUCUGAGCUAUCAGGCGAGGGAAAAAGACAUUGAAAGAUUUUUCAAGAACUACGGCCACAUCAGAGAGAUCAAUCUCAAGAAUGGUUUCGGCUUUGUGGAAUUUGAUGAUCGCAGAGAUGCUGAGGAUGCAGUUUAUGACUUAAACAAUAGAGAACUUUGCGGUGAACGGGUGAUUAUUGAGCAUGCACGUGGACCAGCCAGAGGAAGAGAUGAUCGCUACGGAGGUUCUAAUGAUAGAGGAGGGGGUAGGGAUAGAGGUGGCAGUGACAGAAGACCAGGCUGGAUCGACAAUCAUAACGGCUCAGCGUCUUUUUCUGGUCGAUCUUCUAGAUACGGUCCACCUGUACGCACUGAUUUCCGUGUCAUCGUUGAUAAUCUCUCCAGUCGUGUCAGUUGGCAGGAUCUGAAAGAUUACAUGCGUCAGGCUGGUGAAGUGACCUUUGCAGAUGCCCACAAACAGCGCAAAAAUGAAGGCAUUGUCGAAUUCAACAACUUAAACGACAUGAACAAUGCUAUCAAAAAGCUAAACGGAACCGAGUUGAGUGGAAGACACAUCAAGAUAAUGGAAGAUACUCCACGGAAGAAGAGAAGUUAUACUCGUAGUCGCUCUCGAUCUAGAUCUCGUUCCCGCUCACCUCGCCGAUCUCGUUCUCGCUCACCCCGUCAUUCUCGCUCCAGACGCUCACGAUCUGGAAGCCGCUCCAGGAGCAGAUCUCGCUCAAGGGACCGCAAGAGCAACAGCAAGAGUCGUAGCCGAAGCAAGAGUGCAAGACGUAGCCAGUCUAAGUCACCAAGGUGUAGUGUAUCACCGCGCAAAUCAAAAUCCAGAUCUAGAUCCAGAUCCCGCUCCCCACGAUCCCGUUCUCGAUCCCGUUCCCACUCAAAGUCAAGAUCACACAGCCCCUGCGACUAAGGAAGUCGGAUAGCUUGAGUACAUUGUAAUGGUUCAGUACAGAUAUGCAAAUGGUACAUUCAAGAAGGGUGUGCAAACAAAUAGUUGUACCAAGAUCCUUAAUGUUCAAUGUUAAUAUUAAAGACUAGGGUCAAAAUAUUGGACUAUUUCCAUGUUAUUUGUGUAUUAUAUCCAAGUUUUUGUUUAUGACAUUACUGCCCCCAUGAUUAAAGGGUCAAGGUGAACGGACGAUCUGGUUGUAAUGUCAAUUUUGGUGUAGAAAUAAUAUUUUUAAAUGAAAAGGAUUAACUUGGUAGUUUUGUUCAAGAGGAAGGCAUUGAUAAUGUUCGUUUUCAAUUUCAUGUAAUACUAUAACAUCAAAAAUUACAUAGGGGAAUGAAUAGAUUCGUCUCUACAACAUACAUGUAAUUGCAAAGAAAAUAAUGGCAUUUUUUGUAGAGUUUCUUUUCAUAAAAUGAUUUCAUGGUUAUUUUAUCCAACUAUAAAGCAAGGAAAGUAUGGUAUAAAGCAAACCAAUAAAUUCUUUUUUCUUUUUGGGGGGGGGGGGAAAUGUGAUGGUGGUGUUCAUGCACUUUUUAAAGCUGUACAUUAAGUGAUUUUGUCUCCUUUCUGUUAUUAAGUAUCAGUUUUAUGUUUUGUUUCAUUCAUUACAAUGUGUGAAAGAUGAGCAGGAAUAUUAUCAGUACAUGAGUAACGGGCAACAAAAGUUUUUAAGGGAAUCGGCGCAACAGUCGAAUUUGUGCCAAUUUAUUUUCUCUUAAAAGAAGAAAUCACAUUAAAAACUUGCUUGGUAGCCAUUUUCAUUCAUCUCUUCUUUUGACGUAUUCCAAACUUGAAAGGCAAAUUUCUUAAUGACUUGGAACAUGUUUGGUACAUUUUUUUUAUUUUAAUGAUUUCUGUAUGGAUGUGUUUUUAUUAUAACAGAAUGCAUGGUUUGCAUCUGAAAUCAAACAGGCUUUCGGGCGAUAAGUUCUAAAAUCUCAAUCAAUGGUGAUAUAGGAAAAACUACAGUGGAUUCCUUUAGGUUGUACUUGUCAAUAAAUACUAUUUUUCAGUUGGUUAAUUCUAUUCACUUUUUCAUCAAAUUUAACUGUCUCAUUGUGACUGAUAUUGUUUGUGUAUGUGAAAAUAAACUUAAAAUGUAUUUGGAA